AUGAACGUCCAGUUGAGCUUGGAGAAUGGUGGGGAGAUGGCCGUUCAAGAGCAGGAUUUCAUGCAAAGCGACUCGCGUCCUCUGCAUUCGGUGCUGCAGAGGCCCUCUUUGGUGGCCUCGGUGCUGGAAGGCAGCGAAUGCCACCGGGCAGAGCACACCUUGGCCACCACCCUGCACCCGGGACUCGGCUUUGGGGGGGACUCGCCCACGGCCGGCGCGGGGAACAGCUACACCACCCUGACUCCCCUGCAGCCCCUGCACGAGAAGUUCCACCAUCAGAACCACCACCACCACCACCACCAGUGUCUGCCGAUGGGCAACGUCAUUGGGAGCUUCACCCUCAUGAGGGAAGACAGGGGGCUGGGCACCAGCGGGCAUUUUUACAGCCCGUACCACCACAAAGACCUGGGCAUGGGUCAGAGCUUGUCUUCGCUGCCCAGCCCACAACUGGUUCCCAUGCACAACUACCCGGGACACUCCGUGGCCCCUCUGGGCAACGAGAAGAUGGUGAUCAGCAACGGCUUCGAAGGCCACUCCGCCGCCAUGUUUGGCCGAAUGGACCAGCACUUCCAGAGAGAGAUGUCUCCCACCCAGAACACCACCAUGGCUUCCCCCAACCCCAUGAGUCAAACCACCUACGGUCACCCUCGGCCGGAGAUGAACGCUCGGCCCAACCCCCCCAUCGCCACCCAGACCACGGUGCUCUCGAGUCAGCUGGAGGAGAUCAACACCAAAGAGGUGGCCCAGCGUAUCAUCGCCGAGCUGAAGAGGUACAGCAUUCCCCAGGCGAUCUUCGCGGAGCGUGUCCUCUGCCGCUCCCAAGGCACCCUGUCCGACCUCCUGAGGAACCCCAAGCCCUGGAGCAAACUCAAGUCCGGGAGGGAGACCUUCAAAAGGAUGUGGCGAUGGCUUCAAGAGCCCGAAUUUCAGAGAAUGGCAGCUUUAAGGUUAGAAGCCUGCAAAAGAAAAGAGCAAGACCAAAGCAAAGUUGACCGCAACCACGUCCCGAAACGCCACCGGCUGGUCUUCACAGACAUCCAGCGCCGCACCCUGCACGCCAUCUUUCACGAGAACCAACGCCCUUCCAAGGACCUUCAGAUCACCAUCGCCCAACAGCUCGGCCUGGAGCUGUCCACCGUCAGCAACUUCUUCAUGAACGCCCGGCGGCGGAGUCUGGACAAAUGGAUGGAGGAAGGAAGGUCCCCUUCCUCUGGGUCCACCCCGUCCUCGGCCGUCACUUGCACCAAAGCGUAA